AUGGAAACAGUACACGAGGCGGCGGCGCCGCCGCGCCUGGGCGACGCCGCCUCGAUCCUGGCGGACGUCGCGCGGACGCGCGUGGCCACGGCCCAUCGUCGGAGACGACCUAGACAGGACGCCAAAGCCCACUUGCAACCCAUCCCGCGCGCCCCGGAGCCGGUUAAGCGCAAGAAAGUUGUAAGGGCCCGCCCGCCGCUGUUGGACGAGCCCACGGCCCUAGAACAGCGCUUGGAGGCCAUGAAUGAACUAAGGGGGACGUCGCAACGAAUUACGACCAUCCUCGACGCCUUUGAUGAGAAGGAUCGGAGCAUACCAAGGGAGGACCCGGACCUCGGCCGGUUAGUCGUCGACGACGUCUUUAGAACAUCAGAAUGGAAGCGUGCAGAUGUGUCGAACGCGUUGGCGUCGGCGGAGGCCUGGGCCACGAGUAUCUCGCAGCAUCGGUUGGCCGAGACGGAGGCCGCGGCCAAGGACACGGAAUCGUUGGUGGAGCGCAUCAAACGAUCGGACGAAGGUUUAGAAAGAGCUCUGAGAUGCGCGGAGGCGACGCGCGAGCACAUUCAAGUAAUUUCAGAAAGGGUACGCGCCGAAGCGGAGAAGGACCAUGAAAUGAACGUGCAGAAGCACGCCGAGUUCCAGAGUCUCAAGAGGGAACUACUAGAGAGAACAGCGCGGGAAAUCGAGGCGAUGUCCACAGUGGUAGAGCAGAUGCGCCUCGAAGCGCAGAAAGCCGUCGACGAGCGCAAACUGAUGGAGGCCCACGCUAUUGAUAUGAGUACAAAGGCCAGGGCGUCGCGGCAAGUCGCGGACACCGUCCGGGAGGAGUCCGCUCGUGAGUUGGAAAGAAUGGAAGCCCUCGUCGCCGCCGUCCAGGAGCAGGAUCGGCUCGCCAACUUGAAAUGGCGCGACCCGGCCAUGGCCGAGACCGUGGACGAGCUGGUCGCGGCUUAUAGGAGGCAGAAAGCAGAUGACGCUUUGGCGAAGGCGUCGGAGGGUGACGCGGAACUUGUGGAGGCCGUAAAUCAAGCGAGACGAGCGACGGUGCGGGCCGAGGAGGAGGCCGAUGAGGCGCGGAGACGGGCGGCGGAGCUGAGCGGGCAGUUGGAGGAGACGAGGAAGGACUUGACGGCCAUGACGGGCGCGCGCGAUGCAGCGCUGGACGACUUGCGGCGGGCGCACCUGGCCCUCGACGCCCUGGAGGACGACGGCGGUACGGACAAUAGUGAGCUCGACGCCGUCAAAACCGAACUAGCUGAAGAGCAGAGGAAGACGGAGCGACUCGCCCAAGAACUAAUGAAUGAGAGGGAGGUCUCGGCGGCGGCGCGCAAGGCCGCCGAGGCCUUCGAGGAGCGCUGCCGGGCCGCCGAGGCCCGGGCCGCCGCGGCGCCGGCGCCUGAGCCUCAGGCAGCGCCCGCGCCUCAGGCACCUCAAGCCUCCGGCGACGACCAUAGUGAGGCGCUCCGGGCGUCGCAGGAAGAGGUCUCCAAGCUACAAAGGGCGCUCCGCGCGUCCCAGGACGAGUUGAGUGCUAGCCAGUCUACUAUUGACAAGCUCGAGCAGAUGAAAGACAAGUUGUUGCGCGAGGCCGACGAGUUACGAAGGGAGACCCGCGACGGCAGCGCGUCUCCGUUAAAACUCGAGGUGUGUCAUCAAGGGUCGAACGCCGUUGUGGAGGUGGCCGACGGCGGGGCGUCGCCAAUGCCACAUGCGACCACUGAGGACGUCGGGAGCAACACCGCGGUCGCGACGGUCCGGGACGGGGCCAGCUCGCCCCUCGUGAAGCCUGUCCAGAUGGAGGACCGCGGGUCGCGCGCGCGGACGCCGAUCGCCGUGGAGGAUGGUGGAAACUCACCGAUGAAAGAGGAGGAGCCCGACGGCCCGCCGUCGCCGAUCAAAGACGACGCUCUAUUGAAGCAGAUUGAUGGACUGCGAGCCCAGCUCGCGGCGAAGUCAAAUGAGUGCGCCGAGCUCGAGCGGCGCCUCUCCGCAGUGCCUCCGUCAGUCGACGACGGCGACCACAUCAUCUUGAAGGAAGCCUUACAAAGUGUUGGUAGUGUGCUGCCCGACGUCGCGCGUCGAGCGGUGCUCGAGGCUCAUAGGAAGCGCGUCGACGCCGCGCAGAGGCAGUUACGAGAGCAGACGAAGUCGAUAGCUUGCAAAGGGCGGUCGUCGCGACGGCUACUGGAGGCGCUCGCCACCGAGGAGGAGCACCAUGGUGAAGAUGCGUUGGCGGAGGCCUGCGACCAGGACGCGCGAAUCCUGGAGACCAUAGAAGAGCAUUUGACCGGUGGCGACGACGCCCACGUCCAUUUGGUACUCGACGACCACUACGCCGCGAAACUCAGGAACGACGCCGACGCAUUAAGAGAGAAGCACCAGAAAACCGAAGCCGAGCUUGAAGAAGAGCGGCGCCAGAAACUGGAGCUGGCCACGGCGAAGGCGGAACUUUCCCGGAACGUGGAAGAAUUGACAGCGUUCCUGAAGCAGGCCCAUGCUGCUUUAGAAGAGGAACGGAACUCGGUCGACAAAACCGAAGUCGAGGCGACGCGAACAGGAUUGGAGGCGACGUUCGUCGGCGCCUGCGCUCUCCUACGGACGAAGGCCAAGGCCCUGGCGUCGAAGAGCGUCCCGGAGGCGCCCGCUGCCAAGCCUUGGAUGAAGCGCGCGGCGCGGGCCACCGGCUUGCUCGCGAAAUUGAAGAAGAGCGCGUCGGCGAAGGCCGGCGCCGCGGCGGCCGAGGAGGCCGCGCGUAUCGAGGCGGACCGCGUCGCCGCGGCGGAGGUCGAGGCGGCGCGGCUCGAGGCCGAACGCAUCGCGGGACUCGAGCGUGCCGCCGCGGAGGAGGCGGCGCGCCUGGAAGCGGAGCGCCUGGCCGCCGAGGCGGAGGCCGCGCGUCUGGAGGCGGAGCGCGCCGCCGCGGCGCAGGCGGAGGCAGAGCGCGCCGCCGCCGCGCAGGCGGAGGCGGAGCGCGCGGCCGCCGAGGCCGAAGAAGCCGCACGCCGCGAGGCGGAAGCGGAGGCCGCGCGCCGCGAGGCGGAACGCCUCGCCGCCGAAGCCGCAGAGGUGGUCCCGGCGCCCGAAGCCCCCAAAACGCCCGAAGCACCAGCCACCGACGCGGCCGAGCUGGCGGCCGCCCGCGACGCCGCGUCGGCGGCCGACGACCGCGCCGCCGCGGCCGAGGCGCGCGUCGCGGCGCUGACCGACACGAUCGACGCCGGCGAGGCCGCGUUCGGCGCGCGUUCCGCGGCGCUCGACGGCGCCGUAACCUCCCAGGCCGCGCGCGAGGCCGCAGGCCAGGCGGCGUUCGACGCCUGCGCCGCGGACCUCGCGCGCGCGGCGGCCGCCUCUACGCAUCUCGAGAGCGGUGGAGCCGCCAGCUGCGCGGCCUUCCGCGCCUGCGACGCCGCCCUCAGGCAGUCGGCGGCGACGUGCGAGCGCCUCUCCGCCGCCGUCGCGAGCGGCUCGCCGGACACGAUCGCCCUCGCGGCGCACGAGGCCGAGCUGGCUUCGUUGCGAGAAGCCGCGGCGGCGGAGCUCGCGGCGGCGCGGGAGUCUAGUGACGUGAUGCUGCAGGACGCGGAGAAACGCCACGGCGAGGCGCUCGACGCCGAACGGAGAGCGCACCGCGCCGCCCUCGAGGCGGCGCAAGCCGAGGCGUCACAAGCGCUCGAGGCGUUGCGUGCGGCGCUCGAAGCCGACGCGGCCGCGGCGCGCCAAGCGGCUCAAGAUAAGUUCGCCGCCCUGGAAGCCGCCCACCGCGACGAGCUUGCCAGCCAGGACGCGCGCGCGGCCGCGGCGCUCGCCGCAGCGCGCAACGAAGCGACGGGAGCGUUGGACGCCGCCCGCGAGGAGGCCUGGAGAGCGCUCGCCGCGACGCACAGGGGGAAGGCCGCGGCGCUAGACGCCGCGCGCAAGGAGGCGGCGGCGCCCGCAGCAAUACAGCCCGCGCCGGCGGCGCCGCCCGAGGAGGAGCGGCCCGCGCCGCCGGUCGUCGAGGCCCCGCGCGCCCCAUCACCGGAACCCGAGGCCGCCUCGCCAACAAAGUCCGAGGGCUACUUCGACGCGCACGGCUACGAGGCGCCGCCUACCGACUCGCCUGUGCGAUAUGUGGAGGCGGCCGUCCGAGCGCCGGACGUCGCGCGGGCCAUUACGCUGUCGAUCGCUGAAUUACUCGGAGCACCAGACGCGUCCAGUAUUGCUGAUACGGUAGCGACGGCCGCCAACGUGUCGCACGAGCAAGCGGCUUCGAAGGCGCUUGAAUUAUUAAGGCCACUCACCAUAUCAGAAGAGACAGACGAGGAGGACGCGGACGAACCAGUAACGGUGGAGAGCGACGCCGCCUUCGAGACGCGCCUCGCUUCAUUUUUAGACGACGCCUGCCCGACGCUGGCGGACGCCGCCGGCGAUCUAGGAAGGUUGGGCGUCGAGCGGAGGACGUACGUCGACUUGCGGGACAGGGUCGACGACCCACGAGUAGCAGCGCGCUUGGAGGCCAUCGACGCGUUUGCGGACGAGAUCCUCGAGAACACGAGCAGCUGGUCCGUCGAGUCGUUGGCCGUGUGUCGCCACGAGAAUUCGUUACUUGCCAAGAAAGCUAGAGCCAUGGCCGGGUGGCUCAGUGCUGUAAAUGGCUCGUCGUCUGACGAAAAAAUGAUCGUCUACGAGGAGGCCGCUUCGGCCUUAGCGAAGGAGAUCGAAGCUCGCGGCGGCUGGCGGGCGGCCUGCACGCUGGCGGGAGGCGGUCUCAAUGAGGCCGUUGACAUAAUCCCGUGGCCGGACCGCGACGCUCUUAGCAUGUGUAGUUUGCUGAAGGACCAUUUUCAGGUUAAGUAUAACGCCGCCGAGGCGUUGCGGUUGGAGCUCGCCGAUGAAAACGAGUCCUUGGCGAAGCGGUUGAAGUUAAUUGAACAGCGCCUGGAGACCUCGAAUCAUCGGAGAGAAGUCCUAGAGAGGCAGCUGCGCGGCGCUUUAUCUCAAAGACGGCCGCCCAGACAACAGAUCCUGUCGGCCGACGACGUGCACUCGGAAAAAUUUGAUUUAGAUGCCUACCUCGGGUUGGGUGGACCUAGAACGGCCGCUGCACACAUCGACGCCGCGCCCGUGUUGAAAGCCUGGCAGGAGGAGCGCAUCUCCUGCGUGACGCAGCGCGUCGAGGUGGCGAAGGUGUGUGCAGCAGUUAUGGCGUCGCCACUCGCCGAGGCGGUGCAGUCCAAACUACCUGCCAUUGAUAUUAGUGUGUUGACCGAUGCUCGAAAUGAGGCUUUUCGUUCUAUGGAAGUGGAGGAAGACGCACCUGUGGAAGUGGAGGAACCCGCGAUGGGCCUCGAAUUGACGGGCGACGCCGUGCGCUCCGUGCCGCCGAGCGCGGCCGUGUCGUCGUCGCGACACGAGGUCGCAAAGAGCCAUCGGGGCAAGGCGCCCCUGUUUCCCGAGAUCGCGUCGCGGCCGGCAUCUUCCACCGGCGCCGACGCGGCCGCCCUGGCUCCACAAACACCGCCGAAGGUUGACAUCACGUACAAAUCAUCAAGGGUCGAAGCGGCAAGGCGUUUGCUGGAGAAAGUGAGAAGAGGUAUGCGCGGUUUAGGCGGCUAUUCGGGAAGCGACGCCCAGUCGGACGCACUGACGCAGGAGGUCAAGGCCUGCCUUGUUAAUGACGAGGGCGACCUGAGGACUUUAUUACGUGUGUUUGCGUUGGUGCAGAAGCGGCACGACGACCAGCGGGCCCAGAUCGAGCUUUUGCAACGGGAGCUCAACAUCACGGCCUCCACGGAGGUCGAACGGCUACGACGCAUGCACUUCAUAGAAAAAGCGCAUGACGAUACGGCAGUACUGUACCAGCGGCUCCAGGCGGCCCAGAGCGAUGCAGACAGGUAUAAGGCCGAGGCCGACGCCGUCCGUGCCAGUAUGAAGCAGGGCAUCGGGGCGCUCGAGCAGUUGGAGGCGACGAUCUGUGUGCACCGGGACGCGGCGGAGGUGCACGGUGCUCUGCUGCCGCGCUAUCAUGAAGCGGAUUUGCAAGCCGCCGAGGCUAUACAAAGGGCCACUUCCCUGAAGGAUACGCAGGAGAAAGUCGCGGCGCGCGACCUACUGGAGAGGCGCCUACUCUUGGUGUUCAACGAAGUAAGGGCUGUGGAAGACGCGAUGCUUGCGCUCUACGAGCGUGUGGAACGGGCGACGCAGUACGUCUUCUCGGGCCAGAGCUACCGCGAGUUGCUGGUGUGGGCGGCGGACAAGGAAGAAGGGAAUGUCGACGACGCCGAGGGGGCCCUGCGCUUGAAGCAGAGCAUCGCCAAGGCCGCCGCGCCGGCGCGGCAGCUCCUGCCCAAGAGCGAUCCUCUCGCGCCCAAGCUUUCUACGGGCGUCUCGGGCCGCGACCGCUACGCGCAGUUGGCGCGCUUCGCGGGCAACGUGGCGACGCCGGCGUCUUCCGCCCGACCGCGGCCGUCGCCCGCGAAGAAGUCGCCGCGGCGCCUGAAGCCCGUCGCGGGCGUGAGCGGGGCGGCGCGGCCUUUGUAACUUGUUGUUCCUUGUA